UCCAAGUGGGACGAGGAAGUCGGAGAAUACAACAAGAAAGUUUAUUACAAUUUACUAUGGCUUGCUUGCAUUUAUCCAAAAACAAAAGGCUCGUAUCUUUACUUAACCAUAUUCCAGUUUACGUUCUUUACUUUAAUCUGCGUCCCUUUUUCCAUCCUUUCUAUCUGCACGGCUUUCAUGUGUUCGGAGGAUUUUAUAUUCGCAUCCGAAUACUUUCUGAACGCGUCUUUUGCCCUUUUCACCCAGAGCAUCUUCACGUUCAUUGGCAUAAGGGCAGACGCGAACACGACCAUCCAUAAAAUAAUUAUAAAAGAAUUUCCGAAAUACAAAAACAUCGACAGAUCCGUGUUGGCUAAGAUAAACGAGGUGAACAAAGAGCAGGAAAUACACCUAAAGUUGCUGGUAUUUUUCAUGUCGCUCGCCGUACCCAACCUUCUAUUCCUGGAACCUUUCCUGGAGGAUCUCUACGACAGUAAAUCGAUUAAAAUACAAAACGGUGAUGAAAGGUUAAUCAUGCCGAUGUGGAGCCCGGAUCCUGAAAACCUAUUCGUCCAUUACGUAAUUUUCAGCAUUCAAAUAUUUCAGCCGUGUAUAACUUCUAUAGUUUCACUCACUGGCAUAUUUUUUUUCAUGAAUUUGUCUCAUUCUCUCAUUGAACAGCUCAGAAUAUUAAAUUGGUCGAUAUCUAACUUGGAGAAAAGAGCCAAAAGUCAUUAUCUGUCUGUUAUAAAAAAUGACAAAAAUAAUACUAAGUGGACUUACAUGGACUCAAUAGAUCUGUGCCUGAACGAAAAUAUCGCACAUUUAAACAUUUUAAAAAGGUUUAAAAAAGGAUUUCAAGAUGUGACCUCUCCUACUUUGUUCUGCGUGUUCACACUGGCGACCUUUUUUAUUGCCUUCACCGGCUACGUUAUCCUAGAAAGCGAAGGACACCCUGGAAAAUUGACGUUUGCCGUCAACGUGAUCAUAAUCGAGGUGUACUCUCUUGGAUUUUUCAACACUUUUGGCCAAUACGUCAUCGACGAGGUAUUCCACAUAGAUAAUAUAACAUUUCAUAUCAAACAACUUUUGCGUCAACAGAGCGAGAAACUACGUCAUUCCGUCUACGGCGUAGACUGGUACCAUUUGGACAAAAGGUGUUGCAAGAAGUUACAUAUUUUGCAGACAAUGUGCCUGGAGCCGAUGGUUCUUAUCGUUGGAGGACUGUUGCCGCUCAACAUGGCUUCUUUCCAGAAGGUUUUAAACUCGUCUUACUCAGUUGUUAACAUGCUAAUGGCUUUUAAAUGAUUGUUAAAUGUAAAGAUUAACAUUUCGUAAAGAUUGCCUAUAAAUGA